CCGAGUGCGCCUGCGCGCGGGUGGUUGUGGGGGCGGCCGGGUGGGGCUGGAGCCUAGAAGGUGCGUGCGGGGCUGGGUCCGGGAGUGGGAGACUUGGAGUGCAGGUAAUGCAUCGCCCUGGUACAAAAAUUCACAAGUUUGGAGACCCUGACACACCCACCUUCCCGCCUCGGCUCUACGGAUCCCCCAGCUGCUGGGCAAGAUGAAGCCGAAACUGAUGUACCAGGAGCUCAAGGUGCCUGUUGAGGAGCCUGCCAACGAGCUGCCCAUGAAUGAGAUCGAGGCAUGGAAAGCAGCGGAGAAGAAAGCUCGUUGGGUCCUGCUGGUCCUCAUCCUGGCGGUUGUGGGCUUCGGAGCCCUGAUGACUCAGCUGUUUCUAUGGGAAUACGGCGAUUUGCAUCUCUUCGGGCCCAAUCAGCGUCCAGCACCCUGCUACGACUCCUGCGAAGCAGUGCUGGUGGAGAGCAUUCCCGAGGGCCUGGACUUCCCCAAUGCCUCCGUGGGCAACCCUUCCACCACCCAGGCCUGGCUGGGCCUGCUCGCCGGUGCCCACAGCAGCCUGGACAUCGCCUCCUUCUACUGGACCCUCACGAACAAUGACACUCACACCCAGGAGCCCUCCGCCCAGCAGGGUGAAGAGGUCCUCCGGCAGCUACAGACCCUGGCACCCCGUGGCGUGAAGGUCCGCGUUGCCGUGAGCAAGCCCAACGGGCCCCAGCCACAGGUGGACCUACAGACCCUGCUGCAGAGUGGUGCCCAGGUCCGCAUGGUGGACAUGCAGAAGCUGACCCACGGGGUGCUGCACACCAAGUUCUGGGUGGUGGACCAAACCCACUUCUACCUCGGCAGUGCCAACAUGGACUGGCGCUCCCUGACUCAGGUCAAGGAGCUGGGCGUGGUCAUGUACAACUGCAGCUGCCUGGCGCGCGACCUGUCCAAGAUCUUCGAGGCCUACUGGUUCCUGGGCCAGGCGGGCAGCUCCAUCCCGACCACCUGGCCCCGGCCCUACGACACCCGCUACAAUCAAGAGACACCCAUGGAGAUCUGCCUCAACGGCACCCCUGCUCUGGCCUAUCUGGCAAGUGCGCCCCCAUCCCUGUGUCCGAGCGGCCGCACCCCGGACCUGAAGGCUCUGCUCAACGUGGUGGACAGUGCCCGGAGUUUCAUCUACAUCGCGGUCAUGAACUACCUGCCCACCAUGGAGUUCUCCCACCCACACAGGUUCUGGCCGGCCAUCGACGACGGGCUGCGGCGGGCUGCCUACGACCGGGGCGUCAGGGUGCGCCUGCUGGUCAGCUGCUGGGGGCACUCGGAGCCGUCCAUGCGCGCCUUCCUCCUCUCCCUGGCCGCCCUGCGUGACAACCACACCCACUCCGACAUCCAGGUGAAACUCUUUGUGGUCCCUGCUGACGAGGCCCAGGCCCGGAUCCCCUACGCCCGCGUCAACCACAACAAGUACAUGGUGACCGAGCGCGCCGCCUACAUCGGGACCUCCAACUGGUCCGGCAACUACUUCACGGAGACGGCGGGCGCCUCGCUGCUGGUGACGCAGAACGGGCGGGGUGGCCUGCGCAGCCAGCUGGAGGCCGUGUUCCUGCGGGACUGGGAGUCCCCGUACAGCCAUGAGCUCGACGCCGCAGCCGACAGCGUGGGCAACGCCUGCCGCCUGCUCUGAGGCCCGGGCCAGCGGACAGGCUGGGGCCUGCGUGGUGCCCGCGGACCCAGGCCCCCCUGUGCCCGCACCCCCCGCUUCUGUCUGCACCCCUCGUGGCUCCACAGGCUCUCCCCUGCCCUCCCGCCUCUACCAGCCUCAUGCUGUGGCCCCGGGACCCAGCAGAGCUAGGGGAGGGAUCAGCCCCCCGAAGAAGUGGGGGUGCAUGCUGAGCCCAGUCCCCUGGCCCACCCCACCCCCCUUUUCCUGGGCCAGGAAGGUCCCUGGUUAUAAUAAUAAGUAAAUAACUUGUCUGUA